AUGAAUAAUCUGCCAGAGGACUGCAUCGCUAAGAUCCUUUCCUUGACUUCGCCUCGAGACGUUUGCCGAUCAUCGGCUGUCUCCAGGUGCUUCAGAUCCGCCGCAGACUCCGACCAUGUCUGGAACCACUUCUUACCUUCCGAGUUCCCCGAGGACUUUAGGGCACCUGAGGGUCUUCCCACCAAGAAACACCUCUUCUUCUCCCUCGUCCAUAACCCUCUCCUUCUCCACGGCUCGCAACUGAGCUUUUCGCUGGAGAGAAGUACUGGUAACAAGUGCUACAUGAUGGCUGCUAGGGCCUUGAAUAUUACUUGGGGACAUGAUCAAAGAUACUGGCAGUGGAUCUCUCUUCCUGAUGCCAGGUUCAAAGAAGUGGCUGCGCUUAAAAUGGUAUGGUGGCUUGACAUCACUGGAAAAAUCAACAUAUCCCUUCUCUCUGACAACACCCUCUACGCCGCUUACCUUGUCUUUAGGUGGAACCUUGAUCCCUACGGUUUUCGCCAGCCCGUAGAGGCAUCCCUUGUUUUGGCUGGCACCGAGCAUGAUGAUGUCCAGCCUUCCAUGGUCAGUCUCAUGCAGAAUCCGGGGAGCGAACAAGGUCAGCGCGCUGAGCUGAGAAGCGACGACUGGUACGAGGUGCAGUUGGGACACUUCUUCAAAAGGAGAGGAGAUAUGGGUGAAAUAGAGAUGAGCCUCAAGGAGACAAAGAGGCCUUUUGAGAAGAAAGGUCUUAUCGUCCAUGGAAUUGAGAUUAGGCCAGUACUGCCCUAAUCAUAUCCUGCUGCUAAUUAUACCUUUUGCUGUUUGCAGUUGUUGUGUUAUCUUCUUUUCCCCUGCUUCUUUGUCUUGUUUUUUUUUUCUUUUCUAUAUUGAUGCAGAAGAACAAUUGUACUUCAGUUUGAUGGUUGCAUUGUUAUUAAGAAUAAUUGACUACUACCGUGAAGCUUUUUCCAGAUUAGGACUACUAA